GCGGAGCCCGGAGCCGGAGCCGCCGCCGCCGCCCCCCGAGCCCAGCAUGGUGAUGGCCGAGCCCCGGCGGCCCCCGGCGCUGCUGCCCCGCGGGCUCGGGCCCGUCCGCGUCGGCUUCUACGACAUCGAGGGCACGCUGGGCAAGGGCAACUUCGCGGUGGUGAAGCUGGCGCGGCACCGCAUCACCCGCAGCGAGGUGGCAAUAAAAAUCAUUGACAAAUCUCAGCUGGAUGCUGUGAAUCUGGAGAAGAUCUACAGGGAGGUGCAGAUAAUGAAGAUGCUCGACCACCCACACAUCAUAAAACUCUACCAGGUGAUGGAGACCAAAAGCAUGCUGUACCUGGUGACAGAAUUUGCCAAAAACGGGGAGAUUUUCGAUUACCUGGCCAGCCACGGGCGCCUGAGCGAGCCCGAGGCGCGGCGCAAGUUCUGGCAGAUCCUGUCAGCAGUGGAAUAUUGCCACGGCAGGAAAAUCGUGCACAGGGACCUCAAAGCUGAGAACCUCCUGCUGGACAGCAACAUGAACAUCAAAAUAGCAGAUUUUGGCUUUGGGAAUUUCUACAAGAGCGGGGAGCCUCUGACAACGUGGUGUGGGAGCCCCCCCUAUGCAGCCCCAGAGGUCUUUGAAGGCCAGCAGUACGAGGGACCCCAGCUGGACAUUUGGAGCAUGGGGGUGGUGCUCUACGUGCUGGUGUGUGGAGCUCUGCCCUUUGAUGGACCCACCCUGCCCAUCCUGAGGCAGAGAGUGCUGGAGGGGAGGUUCAGGAUCCCUUAUUUCAUGUCAGAAGAGUGUGAGCACCUGAUCAGGAGAAUGUUGGUCCUGGACCCAUCCAAACGUUUGAGCAUUGCUCAGAUCAAGGAGCACAAGUGGAUGCUGGUGGAAGUUCCUGCCCAGAGGCCAAUCCUGUACCCACCAGGAGAGGAGAACGAGCCCUCCCUGGGGGAGUACAACGAGCAGGUGCUGAGGCUGAUGCACAGCCUGGGCAUAGACCAGCAGAAAACUGUGGAGUCCCUGCAGAACAAGAGCUACAACCACUUUGCUGCCAUCUAUUACCUGCUGGUGGAGAGGCUGAAGUCGCACCGGAGCAGCUUCCCCGUGGAGCAGCGCGUGGACGCGCGCCAGCGCCGGCCCAGCACCAUCGCCGAGCAGACCGUGGCCAAGGCACAAGCUGUGGUGCCCUCGGUGAUGCAUUCCCAAAAUCCAAGGCUGCUGCAGUCUCCAGGGCUCCCCUCAGCCUCAGGAGCUGAAACCUUUUCCUUCCCCCCCUCCAGCUGCCAGGGAGAGGCAGCUUUUAUGGAGGAGGAAAGGGUUGAGACACCAAAGGUGAACGGCUGCCUGCUGGACCCCGUGCCUCCCGUGGUGAUGAGGAAAGGAUGCCAAUCCCUGCCCUCCAGCAUGAUGGAAACCUCCAUUGAUGAAGGAAUCGAGGCAGAAGGAGAGGCAGAGGAGGACCCAGCGCAGGCCUUCGCUGCCCUGCAGGCAGCUCGAGGGGGGAAGAGGCGGCACACCCUGGCUGAGGUCACCAACCAGCUGGUGAUGGUGCCAGGCACAGGGAAAGUCUAUUCCUUGGAUGAGAACUCCUCGCUGGGCAGCAUCGACUCGGAGUACGACAUGGGCUCCGUGCAGAGGGAUCUCAAAUUCCUGGGAGAGACCCCUUCCUUGAAGGAGAUGGUGCUGAGCAGCCAGCAAGCCCCACGGGUGACCUCCCCUUUCAUGGGGCUCAGGCCUGCCAACCCAACCAUGCAGGCCCUGAGCUCCCAAAAACGAGAGGCUCACAACCGCUCCCCCGUCAGCUUCCGCGAGGGCCGCCGAGCCUCCGACACCUCCCUCACCCAAGGAAUUGUAGCAUUUAGGCAGCACCUCCAGAACCUGGCACGAACCAAAGGAAUCCUGGAGCUGAACAAAGUCCAGCUGCUGUAUGAACAGAUGGGAUCAGAGGAAGAACCUUCCCUGACAUCAGCUGCCUCCCAGCUGCAGGACCUCAUUAACAGCCCUGCACAGGAGGAAGGCUCCCAGCAGCAGCAGCAGGAGGCUCCAGCUGCUUUCCCCAACAGUGCACACCCCCCACUGCUGUCCCGAAGGCAGAGCCUGGAGACUCAGUACUUGAAACAGCGGCUCCAGAAGCCCACUCUGCUCUCCAAAGCUCCCAACACUUGCCAGCUCUACUGCAAAGAACUGCCCCGGAGUCUGGAACAGCAGCUCCAGGAGCACAGGCUGCACCAGAAGAGGCUGUUCCUGCAGAAGCAGUCCCAGCUGCAGGCCUACUUUAACCAGAUGCAGAUAGCAGAGAGCUCCUACCCCCAGGCCAGCCCGCUGCCCCUGCCCUGCCCGGAGGAGCUGCAGCCCCAGCAGCAGCAGCAGCAGCAGCAGCAGCAGCAGCAGCAGCAGCAGCAGCAGCAGCAGCCAGCCCAGUUCAGCCUGCAGCAGCCCCUGAGCCCCGUGCUGGAGCCCUCCUCGGGGCAGCUGCACUUCGAGCCCUUCCUCAGGCUGGGGCAGGGCCAGCCAGCACAGCCCCUGCAGUUCCCUUUUCAGACUUGUGAGCUGCCUGCUGUCCCCUCUGCCGAGCAGUGCCACCUCCCCCAGAGCAGUGUAGCGUUGCCUGAGAGCCAGAGCAGCUCUGCAGAGGCACAGCCCAGCUACGACUCCCUGCCCCUGUCAGAACUGCCCGGACUCUUCGACUGUGAGAUGAUGGAGGCUGUGGAUCCCCAGCACGGAGGCUACGUCCUGGUCAAUUAGCACCCAGGGCGUGCUGGAAGGACAAAUGGAGAAGCAUGUGAA